AUGCUGCUGCACGACGACGAGAUGGAGGCUCUGGAGGCGGCGCUGUCCUUCGUGGACGACUUCUCACACGACGGGUCGGUGAUACCGCAUGUCCAUGGUGCUUUCCGAGUCUCAUCCCUGCAGUCAUCUUCCUCGAUGCCCACCAGCGCAGAGGGCGGAGUGAUCGCGGACGAAGAGCUGGAGAGUUUGCUGUUGGAAGUGGGGCUGUCGGGCUCCCCAAACAUGAGCACAGGUGUGAAGACUGAGCCCGCUGCCCUCGUGGCAACUUCGCAGGCAGGCAGCCCGACGGACAGCGCUGUUGUCGUGGCUAACAGCAGCACCCAGGUGAACAAUAAUGGCAGUGAAAAUGCCCGUCGAGGCUCCCGCGGAGGUACGCAGCAAGUUGCUAGUGGGAAGACAAAGAAGCGGGUGCGACUGAAUCCGAACCGGGCCCGCGACAACCGCAAGAAUGAACUGGCCUACCUGCGCAACAAAGUCAAGCAAAUGGAGGAGCAACUUCUGUCUCUUCGCCAGCAAUACAUUGAAAACAAGGACUCAACCAACAACACGACCACCACACGAUCUAUCGUCGACACUGCAGGGAUGCCUCCCGUCUGGCGGGACAUGGCAUCGACUCAGCAGCUACGACGAGAGAAGGCGGAGCGCGAGAACGCGAGGCUAAAGUUGGUCCUUGAAAGCCAGAUUAAGCUGGCUAAGAGUAUGGAGGCGGUGAUGCAGAGACGAACGCGGCAGCAGCUAGCCGGCUUUAAUGGUGUCGUGAGUGAUGCUGUCGGCGAUGUGCAGGGAUCCACGUGGGAUCUACUUCUCGAUAAAGAUACAUACGACACGUUACUUGCUCGCGCAGAGUCAGCAUACCACGAGGUGGACGAAGUGCUCGCUGCUAAUGGCCUCAAAUACCUGGAAACAGCAUGCACCAACGCUCAAAUGCGCGAAGGUCCAGAGGGUAUGUACGUGGAUAUUUUCACCAACAAAAUGUUACCGUUCGACUUCAAAACGGCAGCUGAGGCGGUGUGGGUCCACUUCCGAGGCAGCGAGAAGCACCGCGGGAACCUGUAUGAAAAUUUUUCCAAGGACGUCGAAUCAUCUUCAGACACUGUUGCAGAGAUGUUUGCUAUUGAGUUCAUGGCAAAUGACUUGGCUGCUGACUUCCGCGUAAAGCAAGUAGUGCGGCGCUACAUUGAGGAGGAUCGCCAGGUGGUAGUCUGGGUUUCCACUGCGUCGGCGCUUGAGAAUUCCAAGUCGCCGUUUGCCAGCUUUGGUUUCCGUGAGAAGGGCUACGUCAUUAGCAAGCGCGUGCGGGGCCGUGACGACUUCUCGAUGUUCCAGACGUGCUGCCUGGUCUCACCCCAAAUGUCUGAGGCCGGCUCGUUCGACCUCUCUACGGUAGGAACUUUCACCGAGUUCGUGCUUGGUUUCAUGUUCGCCACUAUCACGUCCAGCCAACAGCUCAUUGAGAAUAUGCUGAUGGACCAGUCUUUGCAGCCCAACCGACAGAAGUCACCUUGUACAUGA